GGAAUUCUUCGAUGUUUUAGGAGCCGUUGAGUACGAUCUCCAAUGCUAUCCCUGUCUAUGCAAUGACCAAGGGGCGCCAAGAGCAAACAUGGGGUCCAUUCGCCUGAUUUUCCCGCCAAUUGAACCGCAUGGCUGACGAAUAUAUCCAAUUUAAUAAUCUACAUGGACUUCUUGGGUCACUAUCAAGAAGAACGGGAAUUAUUGGCAUCGUAAGCCGCAGCCUUGGCGAUAAGUGACCCGCUGAAUUGACAUAGCCUCGCGGAAACAUAAAGAGGAGCACGUCGCAUUCGGGACAAAAGCAAAUCAUCACCAGCAGUCUCUCAACCACUCUGCCGUACGUCAUAAUCAGAAGAUGAAGCAUUCCGUAGCUCUCUUAUCCGCUGGCAUCGCCGCGGCUGCCGCCCAAAACCAAACCUCGUACCUCUCUCGGUUCGCUGACUCUUUCAUUAGACGUGGCGUCGAGCUUGACUACGGUUAUACCCAAGCAACGCUGUAUCUUGGGUUUGAGAAGGCAUACGAUCUCACAAAGAACGAGACUUUCUACGAUUGGUAUCAGAGUCAGGUCGAAGGAAUUUUGUACCCCAAUGGCUCCAUCAUUGACUGGAAUUACUCCUUCCACAGUCUCGAUGAAUACCGCAUGGGUAACAACUACCUAUACUGGUUCAACCAGACCGGAGAUGAGAAGUACAAGAAAGCUGCCCAGAUUGUACGGACUCAGUUGAAUGGCCAUCCACGGACACCAACAGGCGGCUUCUGGCACCGUGAGCCUACUUACCCCAAUCAGAUGUGGCUAGAUGGUAUCUUUAUGGCGGAUACCUUCUAUGCGAAAUGGACAAGCCAAUUCGAUGCUGACAACACUACUGCCUGGGAUGACAUCGUUCUGCAGUACGAUAACAUUGAGGAGCACACCCGCAACACCACCAGCGGUCUCCUUGUCCAUGGAUACGACGAGAGCAAGGUUGCUGUCUGGGCAAACCGGGUCACUGGUGCUGCACCACUUGUCUGGGACCGCGCCGUCGGCUGGUAUUUUAUCUCGCUGUGGGAGACCCUGCAGGUCUUCCCUCAGUCGCACGAGGGCUACGCACGUCUGCUUGAAUACUACACAACCCUAGCUGCAGCACUGAAGACCGCUCAGGACGAGUCUGGUGGCUUUUGGCUCAUCAUGAGUGAGCAAUACGUCGGUGCUAAGGGUAACUAUAUCGAGAGCAGUGCUACUGCUAUGUUCGUGCUUGGCUGGUUGAGAGGAAUCAAGUCAGGAUACCUUGACAGCGCUGAUUACCUUGACGCUGCCAAGAAGGGCUACAACCUUCUCAUUGACGACUUCGUUGUUGAGAACGGUGAUGGGACUCUGAACUGGGAAGGCACAGUUUCGGUUGGCUCGCUUAAUAGCAACGGCACCUUCGAAUACUACAUCAGCGUCCCACUUGCUUCAAACGACUUCAAAGGAGCUGGCCCAUUCAUGCUGGCCGCCUACGAAUGGGAGUCCUGGGCCUCUAGCGCUUGAUAAGCACCGAUUGUCAAAGUGAGACAAUGGCAUCAUUGGCAUGUCUUAGGAUUCAACAGUAUCUAUUAGCAAUCCCAGACUUUAUCAUAAUAUUACUUAUCGCUAUCUCAGCUAAAUCUUUUUCUUUCCCUUUUUUUUUUUUUUUUUU